CUGUAAAACGGGUCUCCUCCCUGUCUUCUCUUCUUCUUUAUUUUUUAUUAUUAUUAUUUUUUUUCAAUUCGAUAGAUUAAAAGCAAAACCACCGGAAAUAGGGGGCAAAAAAGAAGCAACCAAUAGAAAGCUCCGUCUUCUUUCGUCUUCCGAUCCACGCCACACCAAGAACACCGGCCCUUGGGGCGGUGUUCACGCGUCUUCAGGCAUGCCACAUCAGCAUCACGCGUCUUCAUAGACGUCCACUCCGGGUAGCCUGAACAAACAUAUAUAUUGUUGUUAACAACAAAGUGACGCGUGUCUCUCCCAUGACACAAAACUAACACAAACAUAAUGUUCUGUCGUAUAAAUAAAAGAAGAAAAUACAAAACGCCCGAAAAAUCGGAAAGAUCCGAACUUCGAACAGUUCUCUGAUCUCAGCUCCUGAAACCAGAUUCAGCGAUACAGAGACUGCGUGAAGAUGACGAAGAAAGCAAGGGUAUUGUUCCAUUUCCAGAUGAUGUUGUUAAUGAUGCUCAUCGUGGUGCAAAAUGGCGAGUGCAUAUGGUUGAAUUUACCCAAAUCGGGAAGGAAGUGUGUGACGGAGGAAAUCCAUACCAAUGUCGUCGUUUUGGCUGAUUACGUCGUCAUUUCUAAUGUUCAUAUUCACCCCACUCCCUCCAUCACCACCAAGGUGACAUCACCUUAUGGAAACAUUCUUCACUACAAAGAGAAUGCAACUAAUGGUCAAUUUGCAUUCACAACAAACGAGGCUGGGCAAUAUCUGGUGUGCUUUUGGGCAGAUGACCCUAAUCAAGGUGGAGCUUUAAGUGUCAACAUUGACUGGAAAACUGGAAUUGCAGCAAAAGAUUGGGACUCAGUUGCAAGGAGAGAAAAAAUCGAGGGUGUUGAGCUUGAGUUGAGAAAACUGGAAGGAGCUGUGGAGGCCAUUCAUGAUAAUCUUCUCUACAUCAAGAGCAGGGAGGCACAGAUGAGAGAAGUGAGUGAAACCACACAUUCUCGAGUAGCAAUGUACAGUAUAUUGUCGUUAGGUAUUUGCAUUGCAGCUUCUUUUGCACAACUAUGGUACUUGACACACUUCUUUCAAAAGAAGAAACUAAUCUAGAUUUUGUUGUUGAUUAUCAACGUUUUUUUUUUUAUGUAUAACAUUGGAAUCAUAUUCUUUACACUUUCAACAUAUGGAAAAUAGUCUUCUUAUCUUGUUAUUGGAGUUCAAUAGUGUCACUCACAUGCCACACGCAUUUGCCUAUUAUGAAGGAUCAAAGCAAACUCAUUUACAAAAAAUGGAAACAACCUUUGUAUAUAUAUUAUUAUCAUUUAUCAGAAGCGGAUGAAGCCUUAUUUUGUAUUUGUGGAUGAAAUGAAUACAUAUUGUUGGUGAAAUAGAUUUUACUGAGAUGCUUGUUUUGUGCCAGGGAGAGAGAAAAUAGGUGCUCUAUCAACAAGUAUUCUUCUUCCACGAUGAGAUGAUGAUUCAAACCUCCAUGAAGGACCAAUAAGCCAUGAUAUAGCAACUCCACCUAUUAACCCUCCAAGCUGGAUAAAGUAUAAACAUUUAAAAAAAUUUAAUAAGAGACAAAAGAUAUAACCUAAACAGGGUGAUGAUGUGAAUUUAAGUAAAGUGUGAUCAAAGACUACUCACAUGUCCCCAGUUGUCAAUACUUUGUGACAAUAGCCCAAUAGCCUACAUUGCAAGAGUAUUAUCGAUCACAUAAGUUUGAUG